UGGGUUGGUACUCUGCGAGUGACAGGUGACAGCUGACAUAAGAACGACUGUCCCUUGUAAAUUAUUUAUUGUUGAAUAAGAGCCUCGUACGCCUAUGGCAUCACUCCUCCUUCGUUCGGGGGCACUCAAAAAGUGCCCCAAUCUAAAAUGGUCUAUUGCUAGUCUUUCAACAACAUCAAGUCGACUUAGCGACGACGUGUCUAAGGCCGUCAAGCAAAAAGAAGCCCCUCAGAUCACUCACGACACGGCCCUUUUGAACCCUGAGGAAAUCGAGCAGCGCAAACGUUUGCAGGGUUACAUAACAGUCGAUGCUCAAAGCAACGUGGCCCCCAUAACCGGGCAGCCUGAAGAACACGUGAAGGGGCGCUUGGUGCGCAUUUAUGAACCAGCUAAGAAUGCUAUGCAAAGUGGCACUGACAAUACAGGUCACUGGGAGAUGGAUUUUGACACCCGUGAAAGGUGGGAGAACCCGUUGAUGGGGUGGUGCUCCAGCGGCGACCCCUUGUCCAAUAUGAAAGUUCAGUUUAGCUCGAAGGAGGAAGCCAUCCGACAUUGUGAGAAAAAUGGUUGGGAGUGGUACAUCCAGGAGAGUUCGUUUGAGAAACCGUUCAAACCUAAGUCGUAUGGGGUUAAUUUUUCGUGGAAUAAGCGUACGCGUGUAUCUACGAAGUAGUUGAAUUAAAGCCGGGUUUGAUUAA